AGACUAAAGAAGCAGAAGAAGCAUUCGAGGAAGUGGUGGAAGAGUAUGGAUGUGGAUAUGUACCAGUUAAAAAACUAGAAGAAUUUGGAAUAAACUCUUCUGAUAUUAAAAAACUUACUGAGAAUGGUUUCCACACUGUUGAAUCAGUUGCAUAUUCACCUAAAAAAGCUUUACUGAAAAUUCAUAAACGAAGACAUGAACUGAUCUAUAUAACGACUGGAUCUAAUCAACUCGAUAAUCUUCUAGGAGGUGGAAUUGAAACAGGUUCAAUAACUGAAAUAUUUGGCGAAUUUAGAACAGGAAAAAGUCAAUUGUGCCAUACGCUAGCAAUAACUUGUCAGCUUCCAGCAAAUAUGGGUGGUAGUGAAGGAAAGUGUAUUUACAUUGAUACCGAGAACACAUUUCGGCCUGAAAGAUUGAUUUCUAUUGCAGAAAGGUUUGAACUUAAUGGUGACGAAGCAUUAGAUAAUGUGGCAGUAGCAAGAGCAUACAACACAGAUCAUCAAUUCGAUCUAUUAAUUAGUGCUGCUGCAAUGAUGGCUGAAUCGAGUGUGACAUCUUUAUAUAGAACAGAUUAUUCUGGUAGAGGUGAAUUGGCUGCACGUCAAAUGCAUUUAGCAAAAUUCUUGCGUUCACUUCAACGUUUAGCAGACGAGUUCGGUGUGGCGGUAAUUAUCACUAAUCAAGUUGUUGCUACUGUUGAUGGUAAUAUGGGAAUGUUUAGUGGUGAUACGAAGAAACCGAUCGGUGGAAAUAUCAUUGCACACACUUCAACCACAAGACUUUAUCUUCGUAAAGGUAGCAGAGAAAAUCGUAUAUGUAAAAUUUAUGAUUCGCCAUGUCUUCCAGAAGCUGAAGCAACAUUUGCAAUUGGUACAGGUGGUAUCGAAGAUUCAAAGGACUAA